AUGUCUCGCGAACGGCGGGUGAGCGUUGCCUCCUCCGUCGUGUCUGACGUGAGCGCCCUUCCAGCCAUCUCUGAAGACGAAAUUCAAGGUCUGAGUCUGGAGCAACUUGAGUGUGCCACGGAGGAGCUGCAAGGCCUGUGCAACACCCUGCAAUCGGAGUUGGACCUCUACACCCGUUAUCUCAACAGCCAAGUCGCCCCUGAGCCAGCGCCCCCCCCUCCGGCAGCUGCUGGACUGUCACCCGCGAGUCACUCAGGAUCAGGCACGGCGACCCCCACCAUAUCCUCGUUGGACGUGAGGGGUCUGUGGCACGGGCAGGUCGUGACGCGCGGCCGAAGAGAACCAAGGUUGAAACUGUCGGAGAAAGAAAAGUGUCAGUUAUGGCAGCGAGAGUUGGAGAUCGUGAUGGCCAACAAGAGGAAGAAGGAGAGGCUGUGGUACCAGGAGCUUCACAAGUACCAGGUCAGAACCUAGUUUCAGUUCUCCCUCACAAGUACCAGGUCAGAACCUCGUUUCAGUUCUCCCUCACAAGUACCAGGUCAGAACCUCGUUUCAGUUCUCCCUCACAAGUACCAGGUCAGAACCUCGUUUCAGUUCUCCCUCACAAGUACCAGGUCAGAACCUCGUUUCAGUUCUCCCUCACAAGUACCAGGUCAGAACCUCGUUUCAGUUCUCCCUCACAAGUACCAGUCAGAACCUUAGUUAAAGUCUUCGUGCUGUCAAACUGUAAGACAAUAUACUGUCCACCAGUUAAUUACCAGCUCAUCACUUGCUUGUCUGUCAGUAGGUUUUAAAAAUAGUCACUAAAUCUUACAAGCUACUUAUCCCUCUCCCUCUCCCACUUCCACUCCGACUCCUGCUCUCGCUCUCACUCCCACUCCCUCCUCCACUUCCACUCCCAUUCCCUUUCCCACUCCCACUCCCUCUUCCUUCUCCCUCUCCCUUCUCCCACUCCCCUUCCCACUCGCACUCGACUCCCGCCAGGUCGCCCUUUUGGAAGCGGAGGCCCGCCGUUCGGACCUCUACAAGUCUCUCCGUGAGCUGAAUCGGCUGGCAUGCGGACAGGACUCCAGCGCAGGAGGUGCCCAUAGGAUAAGGAUCACGUUUGACAGCCUGCAGAGGUCGGUUUUUUCGUUUCUGGGGGUUU